UUGCAUGCAAUGAAUCUGAAGAGAUAAGACGAAUUAUCAAAGGCAACAUUUUGCCAAUUUUCAGUACAUGUGAAGUUUGAUGCGGCAACUUUUAUUUUGAUACAUGCAUGGUAAAACACUGGUGAAACAUGUGAUUUUCAGGUUCUUGUGUAUAGAAGAAUAUCUGUUUGUAGAAACAGUUCCUUACUUCCUUAACUAGAUAUUAGUCUCUAAUUUUUUGGCUAUCCCGGGUUCAAUUACUCCAUCUAUAUAUACCAAUAUACACCUGAAACAAACAACAACAGAAAUAAAGCACAAUGGACUACCUUCUACUUCUUCCACUAAUCACCAUAGUGUGGAUAAGCAUUCAUGUACUCAUCUCUAGCUUCAAACCACUCAAAUCUUCUAAAAAUCCCCCGGGGCCUCACCCUUUUCCAAUCAUAGGAAACAUAUUGGAGCUUGGCAACCAGCCUCACCAAGCACUUGCCAAACUUUCUCAAAUUUAUGGUCCUAUAAUGAGUCUUAAGCUCGGUAACACUACCACCAUAGUCAUUUCCUCUCCACAAGUUGCCAAAGAAGUACUGCAAAAAAAUGAUCAAAUCUUAGCUAAUAGAAUGGUCCCAGAUUGUGUUCGAGCACUUGACCAUCACAUACUUUCGGUUGCAUGGAUGCCACCUUUACCACAAUGGAGGGCCCUUAGGAGAGCUUGUGCCACCAAAGUGUUCUCUUCUCAGCAGCUCAAUUUCACACAAGUUCUUCGCCAGAGGAAGAUGCAAGAUUUGAUGGAUUAUGUGAAGGAACGAUGCGAGAGAGGUGAAGCUAUGGAUAUUGGUGAGGCUUCCUUUACAACUGUUCUUAAUUCCAUAUCAAACACUUUCUUCUCAAUGGAUUUGGCUUAUUACACUUCUGAUAAGUCUCAAGAGUUUAAGGACAUCAUUUGGGGUAUCAUGGAAGAAGCUGGGAGGCCUAAUGUUGUGGACUUCUUCCCAAUCUUUCGCCUGCUUGAUCCACAAGGUGCGCGGAGAAGAAUGAGUGGUUAUUUUCGAAAGUUAAUUGCGUUUUUUGAUGGUCUCGUAGAAGAAAGAUUGCGUUUAAGGGCAUUAGAGAAUGGGUCCAGGGAAUGCAAUGAUGUGUUAGAUUCUUUGCUGGAGCUAAUGCUUGAAGACAAUUCGCAAGUGACCCGGCCUCAUGUUCUGCAUUUGUUUCUAGAUUUAUUUGUGGCUGGAAUAGACACAACAUCAAGCACGAUAGAAUGGGUAAUGGCUGAGUUGCUACGUAACCCUGAAAAACUAGAAAAAGUUAGGCAAGAGCUUCAACAAGUCCUUGCCAAAGGUGAACAACUAGAAGAAUCACAUAUCUCGAACCUUCCUUACCUACAAGCAGUGGUGAAAGAAACUUUUCGCUUGCAUCCACCCACCCCAAUGUUACUGCCACACAAGUCAGAAGUCGAUAUUGAACUAUGUGGCUUCAUGGUGCCUAAAAGUGCCCAAAUUCUAGUGAAUCUAUGGGCCACAGGAAGAGAUUCAAGUAUUUGGACAAACCCAGAUGAAUUUACACCUGAAAGAUUCCUGGAAAGUGACAUUGAUUUUAAAGGCCAUGAUUUUGAGCUAAUACCCUUUGGAGCUGGAAGAAGGAUUUGUCCUGGGUUGCCAUUAGCAUCUAGAACUCUGCAUGUUGUGUUGGCAUCUCUUCUAUACAACUAUGAUUGGAAGCUCACGGAUGGACAAAAGCCAGAAGACAUGGAUGUAUCUGAGAAAUAUGGAAUUACCUUGCAUAAGGCACAACCUCUACUAGUUAUUCCCAUCCAAGCAUAAUACCAAGGAAGAUUACAUACCUGUAAUCAAAUUGUUGCAAAUUUCUUGGUAUGUGACUUUUUCCUACGAAUAAAAAAAAUAUCAAUAAAACUUCAUUAGCAUGUAAAUAAAACUUUUAUUCAUUAGCAUGCAAAUGUAAUUGGAUCAUAAUUAGUGAGUGAGUAAAAAUUUUGUAAUUUUUUCCCCUUCAGAUUGCUCAACUUCAUA